AUGGCCGACACCGCAACAACAACGACGGCAGUAGAUCCAUCGGCAUCUUCGCUGCACGGAACUGGUGGAGAACAAAAGGCCGUGAUAAAAAAUGUGGACAUGGCCGAGGACAUGCAGCACCAGGUCGUCGCCGUUGCGCUCGCUGGUCUCGACAAGUUUACGGUCGAAAAGGAUAUCGCAGCAGAGAUCAAAAAGGAGUGCGACAAAAAGUUUGGGCCCACCUGGCACGUCGUCGUUGGCAAAAACUUUGGGAGCUAUGUCACGCACGCGGGUGCAGAAACAAAACACUUUAUCUACUUUUACAUCUCCAACAUUGCCUUUCUCAUCUGGAAAUCAUAA